GGAGUGUGCAUGAUGUGCAUCCCAGCAGCGCGUCCUCCCUCCCCUCGAGCGCGUGUAUAUGUGUGACAGCCAGAGCGUCAUUGGUGCGUCCCUUAAACGAUUCACAACUUUUGAUGGAUUACCCCACUUCUGAGUGCUCAGGUGCGGCUCAGUCCUCUCCGUCCACUCGCUAGUGCGCGUCUCCCCAAACCUGUCAGACUCAAACGAGCGAAAGCAAAGUCACAUGUUCUUAGUGUCGUUCUCGUGGGCUCACAUGUGCGGGCUUGCGUCCGCGGUGCUGUCCACGCUGGUGGUGCUGAGCGCGUUUACGGUGAAUGGAACGAGCGCGGCCACCACCGGCUGCCCGACGUGCGGCAUGCUGGCGAUGGAGAAGAGCACGGAGGAACGUUACCUGGUCGAGAUGGCCAAACAGCGGAUCCUGGACAAGCUUCACCUGCGGGAGAGGCCGAACAUCACGCAGACGGUGCCCCGUGCCGCGCUCAUGACGGCGCUGCGCAAGCUGCACGCGGGCCGCGUCAGACAGGACGGAACGCUGGAGCUGGACAACAACGUGCCCAACUCGCGCACCAGUAGCCAGGCAUACGAGAUAGUGAGCUUCGCUGAUGUCGAUGCCGAGGUCUCUGCCGGCACCGACACCAGUCUGUCGUUCCAGUUCCUGCAGGAGAAAGGUCACAGCGUGCAGGUGCUGCAGUCGUCGCUGUGGCUGUACGUGAGUCCGGCUGACGCCCCUCAUCACGGCGGCCGCGUAAACGCAGAAAUCUCCCUGCCGGCGUCGAGCGGCGCUAAUCGCACGCUGCUGCUCCAGAGAAGCGUGGAUGUGUCACGAGGCGGAUGGCACACGUUCCCCGUAACCGGCGCCCUGCAGGCCUUCCUGGACGGCGGUCAGCGGAGGCUCCGUCUGGAGGUGCACUGCGAAGACGGCGGCCGCAACCUGUGCAGCCGCGAGGCGUCCGGCGACUCCUCGCACCAGCCGUUCCUGGUGGCGCAGGUGCAGUUGCGCGACGACGCCAACAAGCACGCCCUGAGCAAGCGCUCCCUGCGAUGCGGCGACGACGUGAGCGUGUGCUGCAGGAAAGACUUCUACAUCAAGUUCCGCGACAUACAGUGGCAGGACUGGAUCAUAGCACCAGAGGGCUACCACAUGAACUACUGCAUGGGACAGUGUCCACAGCAUUUAUCCGGCUCGCCCGGCAUCGCCUCCUCCUUCCACGCCACCGUCUUCAGUCAACUGAAGGCUAACGGCAUCCACACGGCCGUGUCGUCCUGCUGCGUCCCCAUCCAGAGACGGCCGCUCUCCAUGGUCUACUUCAACUCGCAGCACACCAUCGUGAAGACCGACGUCCAAGACAUGAUCGUCGAGUCCUGUGGGUGCACAUAAAGAACAAUUACAGGAGACCACAAACCUAACAGUACACAGCCGCACACCUAUUUAUCUGCUUUAUCAGGAAGAGGCGAAAUAUUCUCUAAUCGAGGCUUUUUUUAUAGAUGUUGAAAUACUCAGGGAAAUAAAAGCCACGCUUACCCAACAUGACAGUAAACAUUUAGUUAUUGCCACACGUCCCAGCAAAGGCCUGGCAGCAGCAGUGCUGCAUUAGUAAUAAAUGCUUGAAUAUUUCUCUCACAUUAGUUCUCAAAGCUUACUUUUGACUGUUUACGCUAAGCACCAGCAAAUGCAACUAAAUAUGUGUACUGGCUUUCCUUUCAAGCUGCUUAUUUUCCAUUCAAACAGAUACACUUACUUUUAUUUGUAACAUUAAUAAUAAUAAUAAUAAUAAUAAGUAUUAUUUAUAUAGCACCUUUGCAAAAGUGGUACAAUAAUCUACAAACAGUACAAUCACCUACAUUGUACAUGUUACAGGUGUAUUUUUUGUGUUUAUUUUAAGUGUUUAUUCUGUCUCAUGUUCUCCUUUUGUUUAGUUUGAAGCACUUCCUAGGAAUGCAUAUGCAUCGUGUAGGGAAUCUGCAACUGCACUUUAUAUGUUAUUUUGUGUAUAAAUCAAGCCAUGCAAAUCCGAUCUACAUGUGUUUUGUUUAUUUUUGCUUGACAAAAAUGAUACUGUAACUUAUGGCACCAUAUUAAAGCUCUUUGAAAGAGCAAAAACUCACUGAGAUUAAUUUCUAUAAUUUUUUUAAUAAAGGAAUAUUUUCUUAUCAGUGAGAUAGUAUGGAAAUCUGUACUGUAUUGUACAUUGUAAUUUUGCUGAAUAUGUGUAUUUUUAAAAAUAAACAUUUUAUCUAUUAUUUCACGUGUGCUUUAAUGAGAGGACUUGAAUAAGGACAAAGGUCACAUCAAACAUCAAUAAAGUAAACAACCCCUA